UAAGGGUUUUGGAAUUUAUACCGUUUGAUCCUCUCUCUCUUCUUCUCGCUCGCGUAUACAUCUGAGGAAAUUGAGGAGCAGUGCAGAGACCGGCGAAGACCCAUUUGGGUCACUUGAUCUGGGUCGUUUAAAGUUUGGAACUUUAUAGGUAUCUGAGAGGAGAAUCCGAAUUUGAUCUGAUUCCGUUGAUAUGACGCGGCGGUGCUCCCAUUGCGGCCAUAACGGGCAUAACUCGCGGACAUGCCCGAACCGUGGAGUCAAGCUCUUCGGUGUCCGACUCACCGACGGGUCGAUUCGGAAGAGUGCUAGCAUGGGAAAUCUCAGCCAUUAUACCGGGUCGCUUGCUAAUGGAUCCAACUCUCCCAGUAACACCCCUGAUCACGGCUCCACUGCUGAUGGAUAUACUUCUGAGGAUUUCGUUCCCGGGUCUUCAACGAGCCGUGAAAGAAAAAAAGGUACUCCAUGGACUGAAGAUGAGCACAGGAUGUUUCUACUCGGGCUGCAGAAGCUUGGGAAAGGCGAUUGGCGUGGAAUUGCACGCAGUUAUGUCAUGUCAAGAACACCAACUCAAGUGGCCAGCCAUGCUCAGAAAUAUUUCAUCAGGCAAACAAACGUGUCUAGGAGGAAAAGGCGUUCUAGCCUGUUUGAUAUUGUGGCAGAUGAAUCACUCGAUACUCCGAUGGAGUCUCAGGACUUUUACUCAGUCAGCCAUCCCCUGGCUGAAGGACAAAAUGAAAACCCUUUGCCUCCAGUUGCUGCUGCUGCUCCCCCUCCUCCCCCUCCUUUGGAUGACAAUUGUGAGUCGAUGCAUUCUACCAAUUCCAAUGACAAUGACGAGGAACCUGCUAUUCCAAAACCAGAAGGCUCACAACCUACUUACCCAGUGAUAUAUCCUACUUAUUUCUCCCCAUUCUUCCCAUAUUCAGUUCCAUUUUGGCCAGGUUUCAGUGCAGAGCCACCUAAGACAGUGCCACAUGAGGUGCUGAAGCCAACAGCAGUCCACUCCAAGAGCCCAAUUAAUGUUGAUGAACUGAUUGGCAUGUCGAAACUUAGUCUAGGCGAGUCUAUCGGUAAUUCUGGAUCGUCCGCUUUAUCACUAAAAUUGCAUGAAGGGUCAUCUAGGCAGUCAGCUUUCCAUGCUAAUCCGGCCUCAAAUACUUCAGGCAUGAAUUCAAGCGGCAGCCCAAUCCAUGCAGUUUGAAAGGCUGCUUCUGCUGAGAUUAAGAAUACAACUUAGGUCAGUUCUUGUGAGCUCCACAGGGUACUGUUUAUAUGAGGGACUAGCAUGUAGCAUGUGCAGAGUCUUGGUUAGAAGUCAUUUAUUUGUUUGUGGAAUCAGCUUUAAUAAGGUUGUCUUAUUUUAGGGUAUUUUGUUUGUUUCAGUUAGCUUUUAGGGCUGUAUGAACUUAUUAUAAAUUAUUUGAAUUCUUAACAUUUCAGCCAUAUAAGUCU